UCAAAAUCAAUCCAUGUUACGUUGAGUGUACAACUUUUACUACUCAACUCAACUCAACAUAUUUCUUUCAUCAACUCCAAAAUUUUCUUCAUUCUUUCCUCUGAUAUUUCACAUCCAAUAAAACAAUGUCAUCACCAAUCGCCACCCCUUCUCCGCCAUACGACCGUCUCAAAGCCGUGAAACAGUUCGACGAAACAAAAGCAGGAGUAAAAGGCCUAAUCGACUCCGGAAUCAAAACCAUCCCUCCUUUCUUCAUUCACCCGCAAGAAACCCUAAUCGAUCUUCUCCCUCGAUCCGGACCCGAACCGGAAAUUCCUACGAUUGAUCUAUCCGCUUUGGAAAACUCACGCGCCACCGUCGUUGAACAGAUUCGUUUCGCUGCGAGUACGGUGGGAUUCUUUCAGGUAAUUAACCAUGGUGUGCCGGUGGAUUUGCUCCGACGUGUUAUUGGUGCUGUGAAAGGGUUUCAUGAAUCGCCUGCGGAGAAGAGGGCGGAGGUGUACCGUAGGGAGAUGGGGACGGGCGUGUCUUAUAUUUCCAAUGUUGAUCUCUUUAAUUCUAAAGCUGCCAGCUGGCGUGACACAAUUCAGAUUAAGAUGGGACCAGGCGCAGUGGAUGAGAAAGAGAUUCCGGAGGUGUGCAGGAAGGAGGUGAUGGAGUGGGAUAAAGAAGUGGUGCGUGUAGGAGAGAUUUUGCUGGGUUUGUUGAGUGAAGGGUUGGGAUUAGAUGCAGGAAGGCUGCCGGAAAUGGGUUUGUCCCAAGGAAGGGUGAUGGUUGGCCACUAUUACCCAUUUUGCCCUCAACCUAAUCUUACUGUUGGGCUCAAUUCCCAUGCAGAUCCAGGGGCAUUGACGGUAUUGUUGCAGGAUCAUAUUGGUGGAUUACAGGUUAGGACCCAACAGGGUUGGAUUCAUGUCAAGCCUCUUGAUGGAGCUUUGGUUAUCAACAUUGGUGAUUUACUUCAGAUAAUUUCUAAUGAGGAGUAUAAGAGUGCUGAUCAUCGGGUAUUAGCCAAUCCUUCUAAUGAGCCACGAGUCUCGGUUGCCGUUUUCCUCAACCCGGGUAACAGGGAGAAACUCUUUGGACCUUUACCAGAGCUAACAUCUACAGAGAAACCAGCUCUUUAUCGAGAUUUCACACUCAUCGAAUUUCUGACAAGGUUCUUCAAGAAAGAGCUUGAUGGUAAAUCGUUGACAAAUUACUUCAGAAAGUGAUAUGUACAUGUAGCACUGGUUGCUAGUAAUAUUAAUGUGAAAGUAACUUUAUAAAAUGGUCACUGCAUUGCUAACAUUUAUUAUGCAAAUACAUAUUGAUGAAUAAAGGUGUUGUAUAUGUAUUAAUAGAAGCACACUUGUUCAUCCAUAAGUUUAUGAUAUUCAAAGUACAUAAUAUGCUCUUUCGAAUGUCGUUAACCACAUGUUCAUACCUGAACAAUACAGUUUGGUUUAGUUCGCUGUGCCCAAAUAGCAGGAAAGUCUGCAAUUUCAUA